AGAUUGACAGUGACAGAGAUGGAAGUGAAGCUGCAGUUCAGCGUGUUCAUGCUACUCAUUCAGGUUUCACUGGCGGUGUGGCAGCGUGUGACUGUGAUGAAAGGUGAAACACUCAGCUUAAGCUGUCCUAUUACUAACGCUCACAAGUCUCAUGUGGACUGGAAGAACCCUGAAGGAUAUAUUAUGUUCUUCAAUCGUAAUCAAGCUUUAAAGGACAAACGCUACAGCAUCAACAAAUUCUCUGAGUCGGAGUUCUCCAUCAGUAUUUCCAAUGUCACUUUUAAAGAUGGAGGCAAUUACACAUGCUCGCACUACGACCAUCAAAUGACAGAAAAGAAAGUGGAGGUGACAGUAUUAGAUUUUCCCAGAAUGUUAGUAACACGCCAUGAUGGAAAGAUCAUCAUUAAAUGUGUUGCUAAGGGGAACCCCUCCCCCCCCAACAUCUCCUGGGAAUUUGAUGUGGAGCCUGAAUUUCUUGGUGAUGUACAUUUCCGACAUGAAGAUGAAAAAUACGUCUCUGUGGGGAUGCUGCACAUUUUCCCACCGAAGAAAAGAAUCUCUGUAAAAUGCCUUGUUCGCCACCCAGCACUGCAUUCUCAGCCUUUGAUGAACUUCAUCAAAAUUGGGCGAGACUCUAAAAGGACCCGUCACACGACCACAGUUAAGCCUCAAGUGUCCACAAGGAAGCUGGAAACAACGACCAGCUGGAUCAGAGAUAGUAAAACGGCAGAGUCCUUCACAUCUGGAGACGUGAACAGGCCUUCAUUGGGGAGCUCACCUGUUUCCUUCACUCAGCAGUUUUCCUCUACUGACAUAAAGACAGUUACAGCACCUACUAGAUCUCCUCUCAUCAGUGAUACAUCCACAGGCUCACAUCUCAGCGCUACUGAUAACUCAACCGAGGUGAGCAAUGACACCACUAGUGAGGCAAUAAACACAACAGGAUGGACAUUUGUCUCUAAUACAACAGAAAACGUCUCUUCCUAUAACAAUACGGAGAGAACAGGGAGCUCUGACUCAAAUAUGCAAAAGGGAAAUGAGGGAAAUUCAUCAUUACUGGUCCUCCUAGUGACAUGCCUAAUCUUUGGCCUUCUGGUGGUGGUUAUUUUUUUUGCCAUCAAACUGAGGAGAGCACACCUAGCCUGGAAGAGGGAGAAUGAAGAUUCUAAUCCAUCAGAGGAGAGCAGUAAAUCCAAAUCAAGCCAGGAGGAGAAAGGCUUCCAAGCACAAAGAAAAAGAGCACCCUUCAACACAGCAUUCACACACUAUGUUACUGAAGAAUCAACAAUGACGUCAGCGCUACCAGAGAGUGUCAACAGAGAGCACACCUUGCGACCUCAAACCAUAGCACAAACUUCCGCCAAAUCUGAUGUAAAGGAGACAUCACUCUAGCAUUGUGUGUAAUGUAGCUUUAAUGAUAUCAGCAAAAGCAUCAUGCUCAAACAUAAGCUUUAUUAACUGCAAAUUUAGCACAGUGUGUGCAGUGUUUACAAUAUUACUCAUUAAUUAUUAGCAAAAGCAUGCUAAUACCGUGUUAUCCCUCUGCUUUGGUCUCAAACAGCCCCAGUUCUUGGUGUCUUGGAUUCCAUUUAAUGUUAGAAAAACUCCUCUGAGAUUCUUCUCCAUGUUACAUGAUUGUGUCAUACAUCUUUUGCAGAUUUUUGUGAUUUUGUCAUGCUGCAAAUCUACCAUUCUGCCACAUUAUAAAGGUUACUGGAGACAACUGAAAUUAUCGUGAUAUCCACAAAAGCAGUUUGGGACGACUUUUUUGUGGCAUGGUGGAUUAUCUUGCUGGAGGCAGCCCUUUGACAAUGGUAACCUGUGGUCAUAAACUGACAUACAUGGUCAUCAAUAAUAUUUCAACUGGUUAUGGCAUAUAUCAGUGAUUGGUACAAACAGGCCCGAGUAGUGCCAAGAAAACAUCUCCCACCUCAUUAAACCAUCAGCAGCUUGGACUGUUUUCACAAGGCUGGUCCAGGGAUUUAUGCUGUUGACACCAAAUUCUUGGCCUAUCAUCUGCAGCCUCAGCAUAAAUGGAGACUUAUUAGACCAAGGUGUUUUUCUUCAACAGUCUUCAAAUCCAGGACAUCAGCUUGUUAAAAAAAAAAAAAAAAAAAAAAAAAACCGAGCUUGUCAGGCACCAACCGUUAUUAUGCCGUCGUGAUUCACAUUUUCCCCACUCUGAUAUCUGAUGUAUUAUUUGAAGAACCUGACCUGUAAGUGCAGGAGUUUGUACAUUAAUGCAUUGCUUGUAACUGUACUUCUGUAUUGUACUCUGUAAAUAAUGUAUAAAUAUUUUCUCUGUAAACAUGUACCAAUAAAUAGUAUUUUGCUGGAG